UCUGUGCUACACGCUGAAUGCGCUGCAGUUACUGGCGCAAAUACUCUCGUUUCCUCUCUGCUCGCCUCGGUAUUGGCCCAUCACGCAACGCCCUCCAUCAGUGCGCAUUGCUCUCUACAUACGCGUCGCUGGCCUCGAUGCCGUGACCCGCUGACGGCAUCUGUCGCUGUGGGCGCAGAAGCAUCACAGAGAGUCGCAUUGCUUCAGAGACGCAGGCGCUGGUACGGAUAGCAUCUCAGGAAAGACAGCAUCUGCUGAUGACGGAUUCUACCGGCGGGCGAACGAAAAGAGACGUCACUUGUUAUACCUAGACGCCAGAGUCGACAGCAAUCCAACGUUAUUCAGCACCAACACCGGCGUCGAUACGAACGAAAGCGGUAGAUUGGCGCGAUUCAGACCCGGCGCAUCCGUGAUACGAGCAUCGACACCAGCCGUAGCAGCGAGAGAAGCACGAUGGAGCGGCCACGGGGGCUCAGCGGCAUGGCCUUUGGCGACGCCGUCGUCAUGGACGAAGACCGGCCAGGCGCUGGUGCCCAACUGAUAUCGCCAAUGGCAGCCAGGACCCGCUCGCUGUCUGACAGCACCGGCACGCCGCUGUCGUCCAGCCCGCGAAUCACCGAGGCCUCGCGCCGGACCUCCAAGGACGACAGCAGCAUCGCCCACCUGCCCCCGCCCGAGACGCCGCGACGCUCCGGCCUGCGCGGCCUGUCCAUCCAGAUGCCGCCUCGCCAAUUCACUCCGCCGCCGGGGACCCCGUCCGGCUCCUGCACACGGCCAGCCCCGUUGUCGCCCAAGCUGGAACACUCGCAGAUCUACUCCUCUCCCACCAAUCUCUUACCCCGCCGCUCUCGCGGCCUCGACUUCUCCCGGGCGGCCACGAGCCUUCACCACUCGACCCUGGCCGAACAGCCGUCGCCAAGCUCGUCACCAGUAAUCACCGACAUGGCCAUGAAUAUACCACCUAGGCUGGGACCGUAUGGGGGACCAGAGCAGACGUCGACGUCGCUGUGGUCCAUGAUGGGCGACCAGGAGCGGCUCAAUAUCAGCACCUCUCUCGGGAGCAACCAUGCGCCACCAUCAGACUCAUCGAGCUCCUCCGAGGAAGACGAGGACAUGGACGAAGACAUGGACGAGGCCUACGUGACCACGCCCCAGGUGUCCAAGACGGGGAUGCCCAUUGUGCCGAGCUCGCCGUCGAUGGGCAAUUUCUCAAGUUUCCAGCACCGGCAGCGGCACCGCAAGCCACCCAAGAUGAAACCGCGCGGUCCUCUGGGUCUUGGCUUCAACCUCGCUUCUGCUGUCCUUUCCAAAUCACCCCCUUCGAACUCGGCUGCGGCCCGGGCCAGACGGGAGAGCAUAAGUUGGCAGGCAAACCAGCUGCACAUCUCAUCGGGAGACAUGGACGAAGGCGGCGGGGCGGAGGGCAGCAAUGGCGACCAGAAGAGUGUGACUCGACGAGUGGUCACGCGGCGAGGGAAUCUCUUGCUAACUGUUUCUCAGCCCAAAGCAAAAGCAUUUGCGCGCAUCCGGGCAGCCCUCGCUGAAGAGGGCUCACCGGCCGAAGCCGAGUUCAUGAAGGAAGCCGAAAUCGUAAAGCAGGUCCGUGAAAGCGACGUUCCCGAAACUCGCCAUCCGCCUACAGGAGUCGACGCAAGCGCCAUGACGACGGCUCACUCAUCGCCCAACUUGAGCGGCAUCCAGGAGGCCAUGGAAGAGAUACCGGUGGACGACGCAAUGGCCGAGUUGGGUGCGGGACUGUCCAGUAGCUUUAAACAACACGCGAUGAAGAAUUCAAAGGGCAAGCAGUUUUGGGACACCUUUUCCGACUCGAGCGGCGCGAGAACACCGCCUCCGGCGUCAUCGUUGCUCCCUCGCGGUUCGUCAUCGGGCAUGAGUGAGGACACGAACAUGGACUCUCCAUCGCAGAGCGCCGCCGCUUUUUAUAACGGCCAACUGCCCAGCGCCGCGGAAAUCACGCGGCGAAUCAACAACAAGCGCCGCCGCGACGACGACUUUGACCCGACGAGCUUCAAGCGCCGCGCCGUCAGCCCCAGCAUCAGCGCGCAUAACUCGCCCAUUGUGCAGAGCCCCAUGCAGCGCGACGUGAUGCCCUGGGGCUCGCGGCCCGGUAGCACCGGCGGCGACCGGGGCAGCAGCGGGCAGAGCGACUCGGGCAGCAUGGGAGGGACGCCGGCGAAUCCGCCCGUGGGCUCGACGGGGCAGGUUGGCCGAAAGGGGAGAGUCGGGAUGCAGGGCAUGGUCGAUACCAACGAUGGCAUUAUGCGGAUGAGCAUUGAGUGAGUUUGUUUGUUUGUUUGUUGGCUGGCGUAUAUAUGGAUGGGGGGUGGGGGCGAUUCUGUUGUCCUCCUUUUUGUUUUGUUGGACGUGAGGGUGUAUAAACGGGGUGGGAUUCUGUUGCAUUUUCCACGGCGUUUGGGGGGAUACCAUCUACCGGGACAGACUGGUAGCGGCGGAAAGGGGGGGGAAAGGGCAUUUGUGUUUUGAAGCAUGUAUA